AUGAUCUCCAUUGACAUACAUAUGGACGUUCUCGCCGGUCGGUCAAGCUCGGGGCUGUCGGGUCGGGAAGUUGGGGUUGGAAUAUUCGACUUCUGGAUUAGGUUGCCUAGCCCCAGAGGUCUUAACAGCACAUGUUUUUUCGAGUUCGUGGAGAGGGAACGAUGUUGCCGCUCUGGGCAGUUGUGGACCUGUGGAUUAGAUGGAACGGCAGAAGGUCGGUGGAAAGAAAGAAGGAAGGAAGGAAGGACUCGGAUGCCCAGGGGGGAUGAGGAUGAUGAUGAUGAUGGAACGAAUUGGACAAUCCAGCGAGGUCUCGCAUCAAACCUGGAAUGGGAUGGCUCUGGGAUGUGGUGGUGUGGUGUGGCUCUCCUGUCGACAGACACGAGGCAGGGACAGAGACAAUGUGGGUUCGGUAACUGA